GAGAGAGCAAAAGCGACGGCAACAUGACGAAACGGCAUCGCAGAGGAGGACGGACAAACUAGACUGAGAGACGGACAGACAGUCGUCUUUCCCCCCCUCUUCCUCCUCCUCCUCCUCCUCUUCCUCCUCCUCCUCCUCCUCCUCCUCCUCCUCGCUGACGGCUUGACUGACACAUCCACUGGCGCUCCUUGGCACAGACGGGGACAUACAUGCUCAUCAGCCACUUUUUGCGGACACGCAGGCUGCGCAUCCGAGCGGGCACUAAUUGGGCAGCGGAGAUCCACAGCAGAUGAGGGCAUUGCAUGUCCAGCCUGGCCAGGAAUCACUGUGACCCCGACGGAAAGGAGUUCGACUUGACAGGAUGGGGGGAGUGAGUGAAGGAGAUGAUGUGUUGGCUCGAUGGAGUGAUGGACUACUGUACCUCGGCAAUGUAAAAAGAGUAGAUGGAGUCAAGCAAUGUUGUCUGGUGAGAUUUGAGGACAACUCCGAGUUCUGGGUACUAAGAAAGGACAUUCACUCAUUCGCUGCUGGAGUGGAAGAAGUUUGCUGUAUUUGUGAUGCCCCGCCUCUUAAAGAACCACUCAUAAAUUGUCUUAAAUGUCGCCACGGUUAUCAUCCAGAGUGCCACACGCCAACCAUCGAACCGGAAGCAGACAGCGACUCGUGGAUAUGUCGGCAAUGUGUCUUUGCAGUUGCAACCAAGAGAGGAGGGGCCCUCAAGCGGGGACGAUUUGCCAGACUCAUGCAGUUUAUGAAACUCCGGCUUCCCUAUCAACUGUCAUCUUUAGACUGGGACCCGCAGCAUCUGACCAAUCAACAACAGUGUUACUGCUACUGUGCCGGACCAGGAGAGUGGAAUCUGAAGAUGUUACAGUGUGGAAGCUGUGGUCAGUGGUUCCACGAGGCCUGCACACAGUGUCUAACCAAGCCAUUACUGUAUGGAGACAGGUUUUAUCAGUUCGAGUGCUCAGUUUGCACAAAGGGACCAGAGACCAUCCAAAGACUACCCAUGACCUGGGUGGAUUUGGCUCAUUUGGUCCUCUACCAUCUCUCUCUGUGCUGCAAGAGGAAAUACUUUGAUUUUGACCAUGAAAUCCUGUCCUUCACCAAUGAGAAUUGGGACUCAUUGCUCCUAGGCGCGCUCUCUGACACGCCAAGGCAAGACCGCUGUCACAAUCUCCUCAACGCUCUGAACUCCCACAAGGACAGGUUUGUCUCUGGUAAAGAGAUCAAGAAGAAGAAGUGUCUCUUCGGUCUUCAGGUUCGAGCUCCGCCUCCACUGACGUCCGACUCGUCGCCUCUUAUCACAGACCCACCUAUCAACAUCACGCACAGGAAAAGCCCGGUGUCACUGCCCUGCCAGAGGAGAGUGGGGGGGCUGGAGUCGCGUAAAUCAAAGCGACGCAUCAUGGAGACACAGCCUUGUCCACCCCCAGUUGCUGCCAACCCAAUUGAGCUCCUGCCAUGUUGCCAUGGCUACAUGGGAGGGGCCAGCCUUUACAACUCCAGGAAGUCAGAGGAGGAGCUUAACUUGAGUUGUCCUCCCAAGCGGAUGUUUGCCCUGUGUCACACCACCUACAAUGGAAGCACAGGACUCUCUAGGACCCUUCAGCAUUACAACAGCAUGGAGGACAGUUGCAGGAUACCCCCACCCUGCCACCCAUAUCCACUCAGCUCCAACGGCAGCCAUCACCACCACCACCACCAGCACCACCACAGCCACCAACACCAGCACCAGCACCAGCCGGGUCCCAAGCAGCUGGAGGCUCCCCUCAUACGCGACCUCUCCCCCUACCAGGCCACCGUGGGCGGAGGACAUGACACAGGCGGAGGAGGAGGUGGAGGAGGAGGAGGUGGAGGCGGAGGAGGAGGCGGAGGUGGGAUGGGGCUCGGAGGGGACGGGACAGUGGCCAGGGGCUGGGGAGGGGGGGAGGCGGUGAGAAUCUUGGCGAGACGUAUCACACCAGACGGGAAGGUCCAGUAUCUGGUGGAGUGGGAGAACGUGAGUUUGUACUGAGGAGAGAGUGAGUAAACACACAGAAGACACAAUGACUGUUUUACAGGUGCCACAGGAGUACUGGGUAUGUUAUAUGUGGCCGUGUUUUAAGUACAAGCAAAACAAAACAACAACAAAAAAAAUCCCCCACAUGUUACUAAAUCCAGGUUGCUCUCAUAGUAUCACCUCUAUUCUGCAUCAUUAUAACCUCACUACUCGUUACUUAAUGUUCCUCUUUGCUAGUGUUUCUCUGAUAUUUGUACUGUUAACUUUGGAAUAUGCCUUUGCAUUGAUCAUAUUUUACAGCGAUGAGGGAAACUAUUCAAGCCUCCUGCUAAUUUGGGCUUUAAAACACAACAUUUAAGGUCCUCAAAUCCUACCCUCCUGAGUAUAUAGAAUAUAAAACAGAACAUUCAGAAAACCCUGCUACUACUGUUGGUCGUUGAAUCCAACUACUUACAACUAAUUACACAAGCAUUUCUUUAUAGUUACACAUUGUAGCUUUAAAAAAAACAUGUGUUUUAUGUUUUAUGUCAUGGAGCAUUAUUUAAAGCCCUUUUUGGACAGUGGGCAGAGACUGAUUUUGGCUUUUGUUCAUUUCUGCCAAACACCUGUUUUCUGGAAAUGGGCUUUUUACAGUGUUUACUGUAUCGCUGAAAGUGUGUGUUUUAUGCGUGUAUAAGUGUUCAGAACUGUGAUAUCUAAACCUCUGUUGAUCAGUGUCUUUGAGAUCGGGUCAAAAUUGACUAAAUUCUUAUUAUUUUGUUAAAACUGUCACUCUGUCUGUCGUGGUUGUUAUGGACCAUCCAGUCAUGAGAGAGUGAUGUAGUUUAAAAAAAAAAAAAAAA